AUGCUGGUUGAGGAGAAGGCGCAUACCGCGCACGUUGAGGACCCCGAGGACGUCAAGGGCGAUGUCGUCGAGCAGGUUACGCUGACGGAGGAGGAUAAUGUCCGGAUCAGACGCAAGACCGACAAGUACAUCCUCACCCUCCUCGUCUGGGUGUAUUUCCUCCAGAUCUACGACAAGACCGUCUUCGGCUACGGCAAUACCUUUGGUCUGUCCACCGACCUCGGGCUCGUCAAGCAGGACUACAGUCUUGCCUCGUCCAUGACCUCCAUCGCUACCCUCUGCUGGCAACCCUUCUCGGCAUUCAUUAUUGUCCGCUUUCCUCCUCGGUACCUCAUGACCAUCUUCGUUUUCUGCUGGGGCACCUCGGCGGCCUGCAUGUCCGCGGUCACCAACUCGGGCGGUCUCUUUGCCACUCGUUUCCUCCUCGGUCUCUUCGAGGCGGCCAACAUCCCCCUUUUCUCAAUGCUCACCGCUACCUGGUACCGGCGCAACGAGCAACCCCUCCGUGUCUGCGCUUGGUUCAUCACCAACUCGGCUGCUACUAUCGUGGCCGCCCUCGUCUCCUAUGGACUUGGCCACACAAACUCCAGCUUCCGUCCCUGGCAAGGUCUCUACCUCUCCGCCGGUCUCAUCACGGUCCUCACCGCUCCCAUCGUCUGGUAUCGUCUGGACAACGAUGUCUAUUCCGCUCGGUUCUGGAAGGACGACUACGAGCGGGACCAGGCGAUCGAGCGGCUCCGGGCCAACCAGACUGGGCAGGGCUCGAGGAUCUUCAAGUGGGCGCAAGUCCGUGAGAUGUUCCUCGACCCCAAGUCCUGGCUCUUUGCCUCCCUCAUCUGCAUCCCCAACAUCAGCGCCCACGUUGCCAACACCUACGGCCCUACCCUCAUCAAGGGUAUGGGAUACGACUCAUUCAACGCCACCCUCCUCAAUAUCCCCUUUGGCUGCCUCCAAGCGGUCGCUAUCCUCCUCGGCUGUUAUGCCGCCGCCCGGUUCAAGAUCAAGUCCGCCAUGGUCGUCACCCUCGCUCUCCUCGGUCUGGCAGGAGGUCUCAUGCUCUACUUUGGCAACCUCCCCGAUGAGCUCAACCGUCCCCUCGCCCUCACCGGGUACUACUUCCUCGCCUUUUCCUUCGGAUCGUCGCCCAUCAUCUACUCCUGGGCUAUCGCAAACGUUGGUGGCCAGACCAAGAAGUCUACUCUUUUGUCUUUCAUGAACUGCGCCACUGCGACGGGUCAGUUGACCGGUCCCCUCCUGCUCGACGCCCGCGACGCCCCUCGGUACCUCCCCGGGGCUCGGUCCCUCAUGAUCUCUCAAGCGGUCCUUCUCGCCGCGGUCAUCGCUCAGGUCUUCUGCCUCUACACCUUCAACAAGAAGAAGGAGGCGCAGCGGGCAGCGCUGGGCAAGCCUCGCAAGAUCCACGACACCUCGAUGGAUCGGAAGUACACCCAGGCGGAGCCAUCUACUCUGUCGGAGGCGGAUGCCAAAGCGCAGGAGGAUAGGACUGAUUUCAACAACGAGAUGUUCGUCUACGUCUACUAG